UUCCAGGAUGGUUCCAGGCGUUGCAAGGAAAGGAAAAAGACAGUGUCGUUCAGUAGCAUGCCAACAGAGAAGAAGAUCAGCAGUGCAAGCGACUGUAUUAAUUCUAUGGUGGACGGGUCUGAACUGAGGAAAGUACGCUCCAACUCCAGAGUCUACUACCGAUAUUUCCUCCUAGAUGCCGACAUGCAGUCUUUGCGAUGGGAGCCAUCCAAAAAAGAGUCGGACAAGGCCAAGAUUGAUGUAAAAUCGAUUAAAGAGGUGCGAACUGGUAAAAACACGGACACCUUCAGGACCAAUGGAAUUUCGGAUCAGAUUUCCGAGGAUUGUGCAUUCUCUAUAAUCUAUGGGGAGAACUAUGAGUCGCUUGAUUUAGUGGCAAAUUCAGCCGAUGUAGCAAAUAUAUGGGUGACUGGACUCAGGUACUUAAUGUCGUAUGGAAAACACACACUUAACAUGAUUCAGAGCAGUCAGGACAACAUGCGUGCGUCCUGGCUGGGUGACCUCUUUGACGAAGCAGACGUCAUUGGCGGAAAAUGCAUUAGUCUUUGUUCGGCCGUACAGCUGAUCAAGAAGUUAAGUCCUGGACUGAAAAAUGUCAAGAUAGAGCUGAAGUUCAAAGAGUUGCACAAAGCGAAAGAUAAAAUCGGUUCCAACGUGACCAAGGAGGAGUUCAUCGAAGUCUUUCACGACCUUUGCACAAGACCAGAAAUCUAUUUUUUGUUGGUCCAGUUCUCAAGCAACAAGGAAUUUCUUGACACCAAGGACUUGAUGAUCUUUUUGGAGGCAGAGCAGGGCAUGGCCAAGGUUAGCGAAGACAUCAGUGUGGAAAUUAUUCAGAAGUAUGAACCCUCGAAGGAGGGGCAACUCAAGGGAUGGCUCUCCCUGGAUGGGUUUACCAGUUACCUCAUGUCAGCAGACUGCCACAUCUUUGAUCCUGAACAAAAAAUAGUAUGCCAAGACAUGAACCAACCCCUUUCUCACUAUUACAUAAACUCUUCCCACAAUACCUACCUGAUUGAGGACCAGUUCAGGGGUCCGUCAGACAUUACAGGCUACAUCCGUGCCCUAAAGAUGGGCUGCAGGAGCGUGGAACUUGAUGUGUGGGAUGGGCCCGAUAAUGAACCGGUCAUUUACACGGGCCAUACGAUGACCUCGCAUAUUGUCUUCCGCAGCGUCAUUGACAUCAUCAACAAGUACGCUUUCGUAGCCUCGGAAUUUCCUUUGAUCUUGUGCUUGGAGAACCACUGUUCCUUGAAGCAACAGAAGGUAAUGUUUCAGCACCUGAAGAAAAUACUCGGAGACAAAAUUCACACGGAUCCUCCCAACCUUGAGGACAACUACCUUCAGUCCCCUUCGGACAUAAAGGGAAAGAUUCUUCUGAAAGGAAAGAAACUUGCGAGCAACUGCACCGGCUCCGAAGGCGAGGUGACGGAUGAGGACGAGGGUGCAGAAAUGUCUCAAAGGAUGAACAACGAAGGUGGUGAGCAGCAGACGGUUGUUCAACCCAAAAAGUUCCAGCUCUCUAAGGAUCUCUCGGACUUGGUAACCUUAUGCAAGUCUGUUCGGUUUAAGGAUUUCCAGACGGCUUUCCAGAACCAGAAGCACUGGGAGCUCUGCUCCUUCAAUGAGGUCUUUGCCAGUCGGUGUGCCACUGACCACCCUGGUGAGUUUGUUAACUACAACAAGAAGUUUCUAGCGAGGGUUUACCCAAGUCCAAUGCGAAUUGAUUCCAGCAACAUGAACCCGCAGGACUUUUGGAAAUGUGGCUGUCAAAUAGUAGCAAUGAACUAUCAAACACCUGGUCUCAUGAUGGACCUCAACAUUGGCUGGUUUAGACAAAACGGGAACUGUGGGUAUGUUUUACGCCCAGCGAUCAUGAGGGAGCAGGUGUCUUAUUUCAGUGCCAAUACUAAAGACUCUGUUCCGGGAGUGUCUCCACAGCUCCUUCACAUAAAGAUCAUUAGCGGACAAAAUUUACCCAAACCCAAGGGCUCAGGCGCCAAAGGCGAUGUGGUAGAUCCCUACGUUUAUGUUGAAAUUCAUGGCAUCCCUGCAGAUUGUGCAGAACAAAGGACUAAAACGAUCCAUCAGAAUGGCGACAACCCCAUCUUUGACGAGAGUUUCGAGUUUCAGAUUAACCUUCCGGAACUUGCAAUGGUGCGCUUUGUUGUUCUGGAUGACGACUACAUUGGGGACGAGUUUAUCGGUCAGUACACAAUUCCGUUUGAAUGCAUUCAGCCAGGUUUCCGCCACAUUCCCCUCCAGUCGCUGACGGGCGAAGUCCUUCCACAUGCCUGGGUCUUUGUCCAUGUGGCCAUUACUAACCGUCGUGGUGGUGGUAAACCUCACAAAAGGGGGCUUUCGGUCCGCAAGAGUAAAAGGGGUCGGGAGUACGCCACUAUGAGGAUACUUCUCAUCAAGGCUGUAGAUGAAGUCUUUAAAUCUGCUGCACAGCCACUUCGGGAAGCCACUGAUCUCAGAGAGAACAUGCAGAAUGCCAUUGUGCCGUUUAAAGAGCUUUGCGGUCUGUCUGCGGUGGCCAACCUGAAGCAGUGUAUACUAGCGCUCUCCCCGCGCCUCAUGGGCCCAGACAGCAGCCCUCUUCUGCUGUUUAACCUCAGAGAUCAGUACCUCACCAUGGAGGCCCAGGGCCUGCUGCCUGAAGUCCUGAAGAAAGUGGUCACCGCUUAUGAGAUGAUGAUCCAGACCAGCCAAACGCUGCUGGAGAACUCAGACAGCGUGUACGAGCGAAUACUGCAAGUCCAGAAAGCAGCGAUGGAGUUCCAUGAGAAACUACACGAGAUGGCGAUGAAGGAGGGACUGAAGGGAAGAAAACUCCACAAAUCUGUAGAGAGCUUCACCUGGAACAUCACGAUUCUGAAGGUGAUCACAGCUGAGACUCUGAACAGCCGUUUAACACCUGUGAAAAAUUCUGCUCCCAUUUGAGAUGACGAUAUGCAUAUAUUUGACCAUAAGAAGAUUUUAGCACUCAGAUGUGCAGCUUAUGAUUUAAGAUGCUGUGAUGUAUCGCAGUUAACAUCUUGAAUAUUUAAUGAGUAUUAAUACUUUCUCAACCAAUGUGGCAGUUUUGGGACACUGACUGUUUAAUUCGGGGUUGCACAACACAAAAAGCAAAUAGCCUGUAAUAGAAUUCAGAACUGCACCGUUAACUAGAUUUGCAUUUCCUGAAGGAAAUACCUCGGUGCUUUCACAAGGCAGUCAAAGAAACGUGUUAAAGGUUGAGUUAUGUUUAGGUGUUAGACGUUUGGUUCAGCAUGAGUGAAAGCCUGCAGUAUAAAGGUGGCGAUUGAUUCGUUAUGCUUUGAAUUGAAUAUAUGUUCAUCAUUAUAACCGGAUCCUAGAUUUUGCAUAUGGUCACAACCACUCACAGAACUUAGAAGCAACAGUAUUUAUAAAA